CAUAGAAUUUUUGUGAAUAUGUCAAUCUUGGAUAAUAUUAGGGAUUGGUUCACAUCUGAAACAGCUCGCAACAAAAAUUCUUCAUUAAUUGCGGGAUUGUUGUUCUUUGCAGGAUGGUGGACAUUAAUAGAUGCAAUGUCAGUAGACCCCAAACAUCAAAUAACCACUGGUCAUGUCUUUAUUGGAAUCUUUGGUACAAUUAGCCUGUUCAUGGUAAACACCGUUAAAAAUUCACAUAUAUCUGAAGAUAAUACCUCCGAAUCCGGAGCUAGAAUUGCAAAAAUAUGGCUGCUAAUUGGUUUUGUUAUGGGAUUUGCUUCCAUUAUUGCAGCUAUAUGGGUAAUGAUUGAUGACUUCAUUAACAAUCCCAAAAAGGAUUCUGGUCUUGGGGUGGCAUUACUUAUGCAAAAUUUAUUGAUACUCUUAUCUAAUCUUACAUACAAAUUUGGACGCGACGAAGAACUGUGGAAUGAGUAAAUCUAU